CAGACAGAGAGCAGAUUGAAGAGCUGGCCUCUGCUGAAAGGCACCAGGGCACAAUGAAGUUUCUCAUGCUGAUUGCGGUCUUACAGGUAUCUGCCUCCAGGGCCGACUCUGUAGACCCUGUGAAGGAGGCAGAGUUUGCUAAAAGGUACUUGACACACUUUUAUGGCUUUGAAGAUGACAGAAGUCCAAUGGCAAAAACAAAAACAAAAACCAACAGAAACUUUCUAGAAGAAAAAAUCCAGGAAAUGCAGGAGUUCUUUGGGCUAGAAGCAACUGGGCAACUGGACACCCCAACCCUCAGGAUAAUGCACACUCCUCGAUGUGGAAUGCCAGAUGUACAGCAUCUUAGAACAGUGCCCUGGAGGUCAAGGUGGACGAAACGUCACCUCACCUACAGGAUCUUUAAUUACACUCCUGACAUGAAGCGUGAGGAUGUUGACUACAUAUUUCAGAAAGCUUUUCAAGUCUGGAGUGAUGUGACGACUCUGAAAUUCAGAAAGAUUUACAAAGGCCAGGCUGACAUUAUGAUACUUUUUGCAUAUGGAGCUCAUGGAGACUACAGUUCUUUUGAUGGCAGAGGUGGUACCUUAGCCCAUGCUUUUUACCCUGGACCCGGUAUUCAAGGAGAUGCACAUUUUGAUGAGGCAGAAACCUGGACCAAAAGUUACCAAGGCACAAACCUGUUUCUUGUUGCUGUUCAUGAGCUUGGCCAUUCCUUGGGGCUCCAGCACUCCAAUAAUCCACAGUCAAUAAUGUACCCCACCUACAGGUAUCUUGACCCCAACGCAUUUCGCCUCUCUACUGACGACAUACGUAACAUUCAGUACCUCUAUGGAGCCCCAGUGAGAAACCUACCCUCAGCAAAUCCUGGCACUCCACUGUCAACUGUCUGUCACCAAAGUUUGAGCUUUGAUGCUGUCACAACAGUGGGAGAUAAAAUCUUUUUCUUUAAAGACCGAUUCCUCUGGUGGAAGCUGCCUGGGAGUUCAGCCACCAACGUUACCUCAAUUUCUUCCAUGUGGCCAAGCAUCCCAUCUGGUAUUCAAGCUGCUUAUGAAAUCGAAGGCAGAAACCAACUUUUUCUUUUUAAAGAUGACAAGUACUGGUUGAUUACCGACCUAGUGCCGCAGCCACACUACCCCAGAAGCAUCUAUUCUCUGGGCUUCCCUGAGUCCGUGAAGAAGAUCGAUGCAGCUGUCUUUGACCCAUUUCGCCUUAAGGUCUACUUCUUUGUAGAUAAACAAUAUUGGAGGUAUGAUGUGAAACAAUACCUCAUGGACCCUGCUUACCCGAAACUGAUUUCCUCACAAUUCCCAGGAGUUAUGCCUAACGUCGACGCAGUCUUCUAUUACAAAAGCCACUACUACUUUUUCCAAGGAAUCUACCAGUUGGAAUAUGACCCCUUCUUGCAUCAUGUCACCAAAAAGCUGAAAAGUACGAGCUGGCUUGGUUGUUAGGAGUGCUUUCCAGUUCUUCUGUUUCAUAAGUACUUACUACAUAUGCACUGUAUGCUCAGGGUGUACCUACACACCAGUAAUGUAACAUGAAAUAAGGUGAGGUGUCCA